AUGAAAUCACCAAGGACUAUCAAGCAGCUAUCAAAAAAGGGCGAGGCGGCAGCAGCUUCGAUCGAGGAAACCACCGGCCGCAAGGGCGUCGAUGACGUAUGGGAGCUGGACCUGUCUAAGUCUGAGUCGAUCCAGACAUUCGCCAACCGAGUCGACACGCUCGACCGACUGGAUGUCAUUAUGGCAAAUGCUGGCAUUAUGACCAAGACCUUCACUCGGGUCGAGGGUAAUGAGAGCCAGAUUACGGUCAACGUCAUCAACACGAUGCUUCUCAGUCUCAUGGUACUUCCUGCACCGAGGGCCUCGGCAAUCAAGUACAAAAAGCCUGGCGUACUAUCUUUCACUGGUUCCUUUGUACACUAUGUCGCUGGAUACUCAGAGCGCAACGCUCCCAGCAUCUUUGAGGAACUAGCGGAUGAGGACAAGGCGACCAUGACAGGCCGAUACAACGUCUCCAAGAUGAUGGAGCUUCUUGCAGUUCGCGAGCUCGCCUCCAAGGUCUCCGAAUCAAAGAAAGAAAGCCAGGUGAUUGUAUCUGUCGUCAAUUCAGGCUGGGUAAAGACAAACAUGGGCAAUGGCGAAAAGUCAGGACUGUUUGCAGCCUUUGGCCGACGGUAUAUCGCAAGGGAGACGGAAGUUGGGAGCCGUACUCUGGUUCAUGCAGCCGAGGGGGAUCCGGAGACUCAUGGGCAGUAUCUUUCCGACUGCAAGAUUGGAGAAGUCUCAAGUUUUGUGUCGAGUGAUGCAGGUGCCGAAGCACAGAAGAAGGUUUGGAGGGAGCUGUCUGAUAUAUUAGAGCGAGUCAAGCCAGGUAUCAUUUCCGUAUCCGAAAUUGGGAUCAAGGUGUAG